AUGGUCCGUCUAGUAUGGCUUGCAUCAGCCAUGGCCAGCACGGCCGUGGGCAAUCUCAUUCUCGGUCAGGGUAGAGAGUCAUUCUCGAAAGAAGAAUACGUUUCUGGUGAAGUUCACAUGAGUCUCCGAGAACGAAAGCUGGAAUCAUGGAAGAAGGCCGAAGAGGCAGGCGUCUUCGCCUCUGCUCAGUAUCCGGAGCUUGGAUAUACCAAAUGCGUCAAUGGUCGUGCAGUGGCUGGCCCAGGUGGUGCUGCAAACACCUUUCGAUGCCAGAAUAUGGACCUCCACCACUUUCUCAGCCACGACACAUUGGGUGACACCCGCGGGGAGGGCUCAUCGUCGUGGGGUUGGACGAACACAGAUGGACGAGAGUUCGUAGCGAUUGGCCAGUUCGGAGGCACAGCCUUCGUCGAGAUCAACCGCGAUGGUAAGAUGUUGUAUCUUGGUCGCCUGCCUGCAUACUCCGUGGGCUCGGAAUGGCGCGAGAUCCGCUCCUACAAGAACUAUAUGGUGAUUGGUAGCGAGGCCCAGAAUCAUGGCAUUCAGAUCUUUGACAUGCGAAAACUGCUCAACAUCAACCCAGCAUCGCCACGUCAAUUCACUCAAGCGGAUUUGACAUCGUGGACCCGAACUCUGUUGCCGACCGGCCGAGCCCACAACGUGGUCAUCAACGAGGAGAAACAGUACUUCGCUGCUGUCGGAGCACUCCCUCGCACUGAUGUCUGCCGUAGUGGCUUCGCCUUCUUCGACAUGACCAACCCGGCAAGCCCACGGUCCCUGGGUUGCGCAGCAGGCGACGGAUAUGUCCACGACGCCGAAUGCCUUGUAUACCGCGGCCCAGACACUCGCUACACUGGUCGGGAUAUAUGUUAUUCGUACAACGAGGACACUUUGACUAUCAUGGAUGUGGGAAACAAGGCCAACGUCACAAAUAUCAUCAGCAAAGUGACCUACCCUGGUGCGCGUUAUGUACACCAAGGCUCGGUCCUCGACCGCAACAACCAACAAUUCAUUGUCAUGGACGACGAGAUCGACGAGCUCGAGAGAACAGGCGUCUCCGCCAACGGGUUUGCCACUACAUACAUUGUUGACAUUCGUGACCUCCGCAACCCGAAAAUUACCGGAAAUUACCAGAUGCGUCACCGCGCGAUUGACCACAACCAAUAUGUUAUUGAUGGCUACUCAUACCAAUCAUCCUACGGCGCAGGCGUCCGUGUCUUCGACGUCCGCUCCAUCCCAAGCGACCCAACAGGAAAGAGUGUUUGCGAAGCAGGUUUCUUCGACAUCUACCCUGAAGACGACAACCAAGCAGGAGGUGGCCAGAUCGAAUUCUUGGGAACAUGGAGCAGUUACGCCUACUUCAAGUCAGGCUACAUUUUCGUCAACACGAUCGAGCGCGGCGCGUUCGUCGUCAAAAUGACAAGCAAGACUUGUGCAUGA